GGAAAGUAACAACACUCUCUUUACAUCCUUGCCGCGAUUCAGCUGAAAACGACUUUUUUACCGCCAGAUUUACAAAAAAAAGGACUGUUGCCAAUUCAAUUUAGUAAAAUAAAUAAUUAAAAUAUAACUAGUCAAUAUGAAGAAUUUUAUACUUCUAAUUUUUGCAGCUGUCAUUUUAUCAUGUUCCGCUGCAGAAUCCAUGAAACUAGAAGAAUUUAUGGCAAACUUGGCGAAAAGUGGAAGUGAAAGUGCCAACGAAGAUCAAGAAUCCGCUCCAUUAUCUGACGACCAGUUAUCUCAGUUCAUGAAACGGUCUGGUCUUAUUCAACCAUCUGUAGACUCUCAAAAUAUGAACCGAGAACAAAUGAUAGCUUCAGCACUUCAAGCCCUGCAAUCCUUGAAUCCACAAUCAUCUCCCUUCUUAUUAGCACCGCAAUAUUCUGCCCAAACAUCUAGCGCAGCUACUGCUCAACAGCCACUUCCAAAGACUGUUCAACCAGGACAAACAGCCACAGCGUAUGCUUCCCAACAAAAAGGUCUGCUUUGGGAUGAUGACAAGUCCGCUCAAAUGCAAAGCUAUCAACAACCUUCAAGGCCUUAUUCUCCAUCAGCCUCAGCGUCUUCCAGCUUACCAACAGUUCAAUCACAGCAGCCAGUCUACUUAUCGCAAGGGCAACAGCAACUUUACUCUCAAUACAUGCAGGCUUCAAAUAUUGGUUCAGACAAGACACAGACUUCCGCGGAUAAGGAUCCCAGCAGUUCCAAGGGUGUCCUUAAGCAGGAUCGACAAGGUCCGUAUGCCUAUGAACACGGAUACGAACCUGCUGCAUACGAUCAUCAAGAAACGCAAUAUCGCAAUCCAGGAGUAUAUAACCAAGGUGGUUAUGGUGGUGGUGGUUACAGCAAACCAUCAGCCGCCGUUGCUAUAAAAUUAGAUCCUUUAGGUUUGCUGAAACUUCUGCUCUCAGGACUUCCGAAACCUUUACUAAACUUAAAUGGCAAAGUAUUCUUUGGAGUUGAAUUAGGAAAUAAUUUAGGUAUAGCUAAAGGUAUAGGUAAGGGAGGUUAUGCAGGUCAAGGAGGUUAUGGCAGUUCAGGAGGUUAUAAUAAUGGGGGUACUGUUAUAUCUUUAGGUUAAAACCACCCGGAUACCAACUGCCAAUUAAUAAUGAUAUCGAGUAAGGAAUGACUUAUUUUCUUAGUAUGGAGAUUUCCUUGAUGAAAUAUGAUAAUAAUUGUAAUCACAUUCAUUAUUUAUUCCUCAUCGCUUCAUAGGAUAAUUUAUAUUCAUUUAAAGUAUGUCUUUUAAAAAUACCUCUGGAUUUAGCAUCAAAAGCUUUUAAAUUAAAUUUAUUAGAUGCGCAGUGUACUUUUUAAAAUCAUCAAGAAUAGAAGUAUACUUUCGGGGAAUUACACACACCAGGUGGUGGAUGUGUAACGAUAAUUAACUAUUUUGGCUAUUCAGUUAAUGGCCAAAUCAAGUUCAUUAAAUUACGAUAAUAAACUAUUUUGGCUAUUUAUUUAAUGGCCAAAUCAAGUUCAUUAAAUUGCGAUAAUAAACUAUUUUGGCUAUUCAUUUAAUGGCCAAAUUAAGUUCAUUAAGUUAUGAUGAUCAAAUAAUAGCAUAAAGAAACUUUAAACUGAAUUAAAAGUUUGUAGUUUUUUUUAGUAAAAUCGCCAACCUAUGCAAUUUUUGUAAAC